AUGUCCAAAACCUCAUCUCCCAAUAUUUAUCUCUACAAGAGUAUUCAUAAUUCAGAAUUACUCUCGAGAGGGUUUAUUGCUCCCCCUUCUCAUCAGAAUCAACAAUCGGCAGCUUUAAUGCAAUCGGAUUUGGGAAUUGAUUUAAAAAAUGAUCAUGAAAUGAUUGCCUAUGUAUUUAGUAAUAAUUCAUCGGGAACCACAUCAUCCUUUAUGGAAUAUAUUAGUGAUGUGGCCUUUGAUCAAUUGGAAGGACAAGUACAAGCACAAAAUGAAGCCUCGGGAUCUUCACUGGAUCCAAAUGUAGUUAUUCCAUUGUUGCGAGAAUCAUCAAGUCUUAUUCGUGUGAUUGAAGGAAAAGACCCAACACCGAAUCGUAUUUUGGAUGAACCUAUUGAUUUGAAACGAGACAAUUAUGCGAGAGAAGCCUUCACAUUACAAGGAGGAACAUUUAUAUUUCCUUCAAUUUCUCAGCCAAUUCUAGUACCAAAACAACAACCUCAGCCAACACAUCUUCCACCACAAACAAUGCCAUCACCCAAUCAACCACUCAAUGGUUCAAUGAGUCUUGGUAGUAGAGAUGUAUAUCAAAAUCAACAACAGCUAUUGCGAGGUACAGACAUGUCUACCACGCCACCCACGCUGCCACCAUCAGCAAUUAAAACGACCACAACCAUCAAACAAGAACCCAUUUCCGAUAAUAUUGUCACUCCUUCUACACCAGCCAUAGACAUUGAGAAAAAUAUUAUCAGAAUACCGAAUCAGCAAGCAAGUGUAUCGACCCCCAUGUCGAGCUCCACGGUUCAGACACCACUCUCAAUGGACAGCUCAAUAGAUCAAUAUUCUGCCACUGAAGAAGAGUCUGAAAAUAGGAAAAAGAGAAAGAAAGAGAAGAAGGAAAAGAAGGAAAAAAAAGAAAAGAAGGAUAAGAGCGAAAAGGGAGACAAAGAAGAAAAGAAAAAAAAGAAAAAGGAAAAGAAAGAUAAGGAUAAGAAGGAAAAGAAGAAGCGGAAAAAAGAUGAAGGUGAUAAGUCAGCAAGUAGCAGUGGAACCAUUAUCACCAUUCCAAUUAAUCCUCAAUUCCAACAUUGA